GCUGUCUUGUGCAGGGCUUUCUGGCAUGUGGCUGGCUGGGGCCAGGCACCAUCUCUCUCCCUCCCCCCGAGCACGGGAGAUCAGAUGCUGACUUUGGGAGUUCCUCCUAUUCCUUGUAUGGAAAGCGGCUCCCCAUAGGGCUCGCCGAGACUCAUCUGACACCUUCCCCCGCUGUGACUUUCCCCAGCUUCCCUUUUCUUCGUGCUCGUAGCAGGGAAGCAAAGGAGAAAUCUCCCAGCCUCUGCUGCUUCCCACAACUCACCCGCUCCAGCAGCCCCCACGCCCGCCGCCUCCGCCUCCUCCCUCCCCUCCCCUCCUCCGCAAUCGGGAAUAAAUCAGAGGAGGAGAGACCCAGGCACGCCAGAGCGAGCGGAGAUCUGCUCCCAAAGUAGCCCUGAUGGCGGCGGAUCGGAUGGAGCCGGAGCUGCUGCUGGAGUAGCGGAGAGCCCCCUGGAUCCCCCGCUCCACCCACAGAUCUCAGUCGGUCUCCUCCCCACCCUCCGCUCCGCUCCCUGCUGCUGUGCCCAUCGCUGGGCGGCUCCUCGGAGAAGGGAGGGGGACACUUUAAAAAACAAAACACCCCCCCCCACUCAUUUAAUUUUAUUAUUUGUUCCGUCUCCGUGACUGGGGGAUCGAUCUUCGAUCAGGAAGAUGGCUGCUGGCUGGCUGCUAGUCUUCAGUCUGACACUUUUCCAGUCCCUGGUGAUGAACCUGUCCUCGGAAGGACCGUUCCCUUCUGCCUCAACAAUAAAGUCAUGGGUGGAGAAAAUGCAAGAGGAUCUUGUAACGUUGGCAAGAAGCGCAAGUGGGGUGGACGAGCUUGCCAAGAUUUAUACGAAACACAACAAUCUGUAUACAGUGGAAGCCAACAAUGCACGUAAAUUGGUGGAAAUGGCGGCCACAGAUAUUGAAAAACUACUGAGUAAUAGAUCGAAAGCCCUGGUGAACCUUGCAACAAAAGCAGAGACAUUUCAAAAAUCGCAUCAGUGGAGGGAUGAGUUUGGGAAUAAUGAUAUCAUCUAUUACAAUGCAAAAGAUGAUCAGAACGAUUCUGAAAAGAAUGAGACUGAAACUGGAAGCCAGAGAAUCAGACCAGUGUUUGAAGAAGAUGCUGUUUUUGGGCGACAAAUAUCUUACCAGCAUACAGCAGUCCACAUACCAACAGAUAUUUAUGAAGGCUCUACAAUAGUGUUAAAUGAACUCAACUGGACUGGAGCAUUGGAUGAAGUAUUCAAAAAGAACAGAGAUGAAGACCCAACUUUGUUGUGGCAGGUUUUUGGUAGUGCGACUGGCCUCGCCAGGUAUUAUCCAGCCUCCCCAUGGGUAGAUAAAAGCCGAACUCCAAACAAGAUAGAUCUAUAUGAUGUUCGCAGAAGACCAUGGUACAUCCAAGGAGCUGCAUCUCCAAAAGAUAUGCUUAUUUUAGUUGAUGCGAGUGGGAGCGUUAGUGGACUGACGCUGAAAUUGAUCCGAACCUCCGUCAUUGAGAUGCUAGAAACCUUGUCAGAUGAUGAUUUUGUGAAUGUAGUUUCAUUUAACAAUAACGCUCAGAACGUCAGUUGCUUUAAUCAUCUUGUCCAAGCUAAUGUGAGGAACAAGAAGAAGCUGAAAGAGGCAGUCUACAAAAUCUCAGCUAAAGGAAUCACUGACUACAAGAAAGGCUUUAGCUAUGCUUUUGAACAGUUGCUAAAUCACAGUGUCUCUAGAGCUAACUGCAAUAAGAUCAUUAUGUUGUUUACUGAUGGUGGUGAAGAAAGAGCACAAGAGAUUUUCCACAAAUACAACAAAGACAAAAACGUACGUGUAUUCACAUUUUCUGUUGGUCAACAUAAUUAUGACAAAGGACCCAUACAAUGGAUGGCCUGCCAAAAUAAAGGUUACUAUUAUGAAAUUCCUUCCAUUGGAGCGAUAAGAAUAAACACACAGGAAUAUUUGGACGUUUUGGGGAGACCGAUGGUUUUAGCUGGAGAUAAAGCAAAACAAGUCCAGUGGACCAAUGUGUAUUUGGAUGCACUGGAACUGGGCCUUGUCAUUACUGGGACUCUGCCUGUCUUUAAUCUAACAGAAGACCAACAAGGGAACAAGAACCAGCUGAUUCUUGGAGUUAUGGGAGUUGAUGUCUCUUUGGAGGACAUAAAAAAACUGACACCACGGUUUACAUUGUGCCCAAAUGGUUACUAUUUUGCAAUUGACCCUAAUGGUUAUGUGUUACUUCAUCCAGAUCUUCAACCAAAGCAUAUUGGUGUGGGCAUACCAAAAGUUAAUGUGAGAAAAAGGAGACCCAAUGCCCAGAAUCCUAAAUCUCAGGAGCCUGUUACACUGGAUUUUCUGGAUGCUGAGCUAGAAAAUGAUAUUAAAGUUGAGAUUCGGAAAAAAAUGAUAGAUGGAGAAAGUGGGGAAAGAACAUUUAAAACAUUGGUCAAGUCUCAAGAUGAGAGAUAUAUUGACAAAGGAAACAGAACGUAUACAUGGACUGCUGUGAAUGGCACAGAUUACAGUUUGGCCUUGGUAUUACCAUCCUACAGCUUUUACUACAUUAAAGCCAAAAUAGAAGAACCAAUAACUCAGGCCAGAUUCAAAGAGGAUUCAGAAACGCUAAAGACUGAUCACUUUGAUGAAGCUGGCUAUACCUUUAUAGCACCAAGAGAAUACUGUAAUGAUGUAAAAGUAUCAGACAACAACACUGAAUUUCUUUUAAAUUUCAAUGAGUUUAUUGAUCGAAAUACCCCAAACAGCCCUUCAUGUAAUGCUGAUAUGGUCAUUAGAGUUUUGCUGGAUGCAGGAUUUACAAAUGAACUAGUCCAGAAUUAUUGGAGUAAGCAAUCUCUCAAUGGAGUUGUUGCACAAUUUGUGGUCACGGAUGGUGGAAUCACUAGGGUUUACCCUAAAAGGGAAGGAGAGAAUUGGACAGAAAAUCCUGAAACUUACGAAGUCAGUUUCUAUAAACGGAGCUUGGAUAAUGACAACUAUAUCUUCACAGCUCCAUACUACAACAAAAGUGACGCCAGUAGCUAUGAAACGGGCAUUAUGGUGAGCAAGGCUGUGGAAAUAACCAUUGGUGGAAAACUUCUUAAACCCGCAGUUGUUGGAAUAAAAAUUGAUGCAGGCCAAUGGAUGGAAAAUUUCACCAAAACCACAAUCAAGAGCCUGUGCAACAGUGAACUUUGUGGCUGUGAAAGAGGCAGUAUGCACCUGGAUUGUGUUGUUCUUGAUGAUGGUGGAUUUCUUUUGAUGUCAAAUCAGGAGGAAUAUACCAAACAGAUUGGACGAUUCUUUGGUGAGAUUGACCCUGACCUGAUGCGAAACCUCAUUAACAUGUCCUUAUAUGCCUUUAACAAGUCUUACGACUAUCAGUCUGUUUGUGAUCCUGAAGAAGAACCAAAGCAAGGAGCUGGUCUUCGUUCUGCAUACGUGCCUACAGUAGCGGAUAUUUUGCAUGUCGGAUGGUGGGCCUCUGCAGCUGCCUGGUCUAUCUUGCAACAGCUGUUUUUGGGCCUGACUUUUCCACGUUUCCUUGAGGCAGCGGAAGCAGAUGAUGACGACUACACUGCUGCCCUAUCCAAACAGAGCUGCAUUACUGAGCAAACUCAGUAUUUCUUUGAAAAUGACGAUAAAUCCUUCAGUGGGAUCGUAGACUGUAUAAACUGUUCCAGACUUUAUCAUGCAGAAAAAGUUUCACACACCAAUCUAGUAUUUAUAAUUAGUGACAGCCAAAAGAUGUGCCACUCCUGUGACCCAAAGCCAUUGAUGCAAGCAGAAAAGCCGGAUGAAGGGCCAAAUCCUUGUGAAAUGGUGAAGCAACCCAGAUACAGAAAGGGGCCUGAUGUCUGCUUUGAUAAAGAUGACCGGGAUCAGCCUAUAUGCACAACGAGUCGUGCCUCUGCCAUGAUGUCCGCUCCUAUCUUCAUUUUUCUGCAACUUUUCAUAUGGUGUGGAUGGUCAGUUACUUUCUCUAAUUUUUGUUUUGUUUUGUUUUUGUUCUUUGCAUAAAAGAGUAACAAUCUUUUUUACUAACUAAGCCCACGAAAGAAAAUGGAAUGAAAUGGGUCCCAAAAACGGCAAUCUGGAACAAAUUCCUGUAGCAAUUUAAGGGAAAAUUAAAAAAGCCCUGCCCAGAGACUUGUAAAUCAGAAUUAAUAGAACUGUGGGGAUCUCCCCCAUAGAGUUAGGAACCUGCCAGCUUUGUAGGGCUGCAAUAUUUGAGCUUCUAUUCAUAUCGCUGUCAUUACCUUCUAUGCUAGACCUUCCAAAUGUUUAUUGCUUCCCAUGCUCCUGGUAAAGAUGAGAAUGAGGAAGAAGAAAAAGAAGACAUCCAGGACAAACUUUCUACAUAGAAAUAAACAGAGGUCCAAAGUAGUUGGAAGAGACUACAGUUCCUGCAAAUCUAAAACUAUACAAGUCACAGCAUAACUGAAUGCUGUCUUUAGGGUUUGCCAAAAUCAUUGCUGUGGAGAACAUUAGAAGUUCACAGUGUCGCCAAGUCCAUACAGAGGUUGAUGAUCAAAAUAAUAACACUCAUUGCUUGUUAGUAGGAAUUCAAAAAAAUCAUGUUGACUUUUUUUAACCUAAUAUCCAGCAAAACACAGUGUCAUUGGCUAAUACAAGAGAACUUUUGCUUCUAAUAAAAAUAUUGAUAUGUGUUUCAGAACACAAGAUUCAGCACUAUGAAUCUAGAACACUAGUGUAUGGAGACAUCCGGAUUCAUAAAGAAAGUUCAAUCUUUGUCUCCAUGUUAUGUUUAUUAGUUUGGAAACUCUGUGCUACCAUCAUUGCUAAUAUACCGAAGAAUCGAUGAUCUGAGUAACAUCAUAAAGCAUGUUCCUUGUACGGUGGAAGAAUGUCAGUAUAUAGAUAGCAGUAUUGAUAGAACUUCUCAGCAGACCACUAGAGGGAGAUGCUACCAUGACUAUUAUUGUAAAGCUAACAAUGAAAAGAACAAAUAGAAUCAUUAUAUUAUGAUGGGAAUUAAGUUUCAAUGUUAAAAUAUAUUAGAUAAAUUAUAUUUGUUUCUAAAUGUUCUAAAAUAUUUUCAGCAAUGUUUUAGAUAUUUUUGAAAGGUUAAGUACAUAUAGUUAUGGUUAUAGGUGAUAUUUAUAACUAGGUAAAAAAAUUAAAACAAAUCAGUUGUAAGAGUUCAUCGUCUUUAUUGCCUUUAGUGUUGGAAAAAGCUAAAUCACUUGGAUGUCAAUAAAAAAAAGUCACACUCAGUUUGAUAGCUGUUGUUUUCUGAGCUUCACAUAACGUAUUAAACAGUCUCAUGACUAGCAAACAUAGGAAGUUGAAUAGGUGCAGUUCAAGAUUGGGAGGAAGAAUUAAAAUUCCUCUCCAACAUCAGCCCCAUGUAAAAUGUGAAGACCAGAUUCUGACAUCUUUACUCAUGUUGAGUAGUGCUUUGCUCUAUAAGUAGCUGUAUUAAAAUCAAGUAAGGUACUAAUCAUACAUAAGGUUAGCAGAAUCUGCCCAUAAAUAAAAUUGCUAAGGACCCAAUUCUGUGUCCGGCAAGUCAUUCCAAAACACCCAUGGAAGCAAAACCUCACAACACAACUUCAACAGAUGGAUUCUCAGCAGCAGUAGAUGGAAACUAGGCAAGAUUCAAAGUUAACUUUUUGUUCCUCAGUUCAGCCCUUAAUAAUUCUGUGACUUUGAGUCAGGCUCUCAUCCGGUAUAAAUCUAUAUAGUUCUGUUGAAGUCACUGAAACCAAAACUGAGUUACACCAGCUGACAAUCUGGUUAAUGAAUUAUAGCUUUCUUUUUGUCUUCUUUUCGGGAGGGCACAGCAAAAAUGCCUGUAUCCCUUAUGUACUUGUACCUGGUUGCUUUAAAAAAUAAAAAUAAUAAUAAACAAGGAAAACAACAUGCAAGUUGUUUCUUACAGGAGGACCUUCUAUAAGAUACUGAGCCCCCUUGACUCCCACUGAAGUCAGUGGGUGCUGUGAGACUGCUUAACAUGUUGUUGGAUUGGACUAAAUUGAAUGUUUCAGUUGUGAAAUGGACUACCAGUGAAAUGAUCAACACAUCAGGCAUCACAAGAAAGAUCAUUAAUAUUGCACCAAAAAAAUCUUUUGAUAGCUAGGGUGAGUGAGGUAACACAACUGUUUUCCAAAAAAAGGCAUAUAGUGUACCCAUUUUAAUACAGGAAUUAUUGAUCAAGACAAUCUGAAAACAGUACACAUAGGGAUUAUGGCUCCAUCUAGUGGCAGAAAAUAGCCCAACGUUUAUGUAUGACCAAAAAUGGACCUCAAACUCAAUUGUCUUUUGCUGAAUCAAGGAGCUUUCCUUACAACGUGCAGCUUUCAAAAUGUCUUCUAUAUAUGUUAAAAGGCCAAGAUUGUAAGCUCAUUGGAGCAGGGAACUUUUGUGUGUGUGUGUGUUUAUAUAGUACCUAACACAAUGGGGUCCUGGUCCAUCACUGGGGCUCCUCGGUGCUACUGCAAUACAACUAAUUAAUAAUAUUAAUAUUUUAUAACACACGUUUAACUUUAGUUAUAAUGUACGUCUGAAGGGGAAGCAAGUAUUUACACGUUUCUUUGACAGCUCAUGCUGUCCCCCCGGAGAUUUUGAUACAUUUACUUUGAUGUAAAUAUGUGGCUAUGUAAAAAUGUUGACUGCUAACAUGAAAAUACUAAAUUAAGCUGGUACUGUGUAGUCAGAAAAUAAGCUUAUCGUGUAUCAUUUUGGUAGGACUGCCUAACCGGGAGAAAUAGUGUUUGGAUUUGUCUCUCUUCCCACUCCUUCCUCUCAAACCUUGAUGUCGAGGAGAACUGGCAAGUGAUUUUUGACUAGAGGAAAGCUCACACUGCUAGCAGGAAAAGAAAGUGGCAAAAAAGGCUUCUUGGUGUUGAGGGAAAAUCCAUGCUACAAAUGAUUAAUAAUAAGGUAACAGAGAAAAAUUGCCCCAGUUAAAAUAUCCUUAUUCAGGACUGAAUAGUGUUAUGAAUUGGAAAAGAACAGGUCCAGUGUCUGACAGUGCUGGCAGAAGGGGAAGAAGUGAGUGAAACUUAUGUAAAUAACAGAAUGAUUGUGAAAGAAAGAGAAGUUCUGGGCAGCCUUCCAUGAAGUUAAAUUAUUUGAAAAGGAUAUCCAGCCAUGUUCUGGAGCAGGAAAAGGAGUAUGGAAGCAUCUUUCUAUCAACAGAGGUGGCCAUGACUCAGAGAUUCCUCAUCACUACAUUUUACUCUUAUGGAUGCACUUAUACAAGGAAUCUUGGGAUGAAGGUCCACAGAAAAUUCCAGAACAACUGAGUUCCUUUAGCAGAGUUGGUGAGUGAAGGAAAACAGUUUCACUGAGUCUGAUUCUGCCCUCACGCCAUUUUUUUACUGGUGUGAUUCCAUUAGUUUCAGUGGUGACACCCCUUACAUGUAAAUCAGAAUAGAAUCAGUCUCUCGCUCAUUCCUCCUCCCACCUCUCUUUCUUCAGCCUUGAUUGUUUCCCAUAUCUACACAGUUAUAGCACAUAGGAACCUUGCCAAUUACAAUACACAUUUUUUGGGGAAAAAAACAAAUAAUUUAAAUCAGUAUCAUUGAUUUCUUCCUUAUCAUGGAUAAUCUACCUUUGAUUAGGACAGAAAAAUCUGAGUCCCACAGAAGAUGUCUUCAGGAAUUGUCAUGAGCAAAACUGUGAAGAUACGUGCUUCACUAUGAGUUGGUUCAUGGGCCUCAGAAACUCCAAAUGAUUUAAGUCCGAAACAACCUGCAAAACCCAAAAGAGUAAAAUCUCACUAAUCUUUAAAAAAAUAGAUACAUCUUAUAUGUUUUUAGACUUGUUCUGCUGAACACAACCACGCAUUGUGAGGGUGUCUUAUAUACUCUCUCCUGUCUGAGAUUUUGUUAAGCCACUUCUACCCCACAGUUUCUGAGCCAUCUUCCACUCCUCUCAGAUAGUGAGACUCUCUGAAGCAGAAGUGACAUGCAGUCAAAAUACUGUACCGUAUUUUUCAAUCUGGCAGGUGCAGCACCGUUAAUGUAAUGUACCAGAAUAGUGCAUAUUAUUCAUGAUUCUCAUAUAGACAAUGGAAAGCUACAACACUUCAAGGAUAUCUAACUAUGAAAGGGUUCAGUGGUCAGUGUGAUCUUCCCAGUCAUCUGUUCUAACACGAAGGUGAAGAAAAAACUGAAUACUGAGUAACUCCUGUAGGUGGACAUCCACCUAGUUCACCAGUAUCCUAACCAGAUGCUGUUUUCACUAAUCCGACACUUUCCUCUUCAUAUUAUACCCAGUUUCACUUUAAGCCCCUGGCUUUCCUGUGUGCUUUACUUAAGAAGUGAGCUGUGCCCCUUCCUUUCGAAAUUCAGCUGCAGACACCCAUUCCUUACUUGAAGAUCUCAAACUUUCAAACUUACCAAUAGCUUAAACCAUUUCUUGGGAGAUACUUCCUUUGCAGCGUUUCAGUGAUGAGACUAGGUGUCAGAAAUGUGAUAUAGGCUAUCGUUUGUUGAUGAACCCCGGUCAGAAGAAACCAUCACUGGUAAUGGCCUUUCUAAUGAUGCUCACUAUAAGGAAGAAACUUGUGCAACAGAGUACACUUGUGACUUAUUUGUUGACCAGCAACCUUUGGAAUUUUGAACUUCUAGGGUACAAUUAACAAACAAAACCUCAAUCUACUAGAACUGAAGCUGACAAAUGAAAGGAGUAGCCUGCUGCUACUGGUAAAGAACAGAAGCAAACGCAAGGCAUUUUCUUUGCAAGAGAAUGAUCUAAAGAUUUUAGAAGCAUUUGAAUACUUAUAAAAAAAUAUCUCUGGUCGUCCACUAGCCUGUCUUGUCUUGGCAGUUUAACCUCUCGGAGCAGUGAAAAAACCACAGGACCUCCCAUAUUCCCCUCCGAAAUAACUCUUUGAUUUUCCAGAGAGAGGUUUUAAAAUCUGUCUGACAAGUGUUGUUGCAAAUCAACUUUUUAGGUGGAUAAUGGCUAAAACACUCCAUAUACAGAUUAAAGAUUUUUCGAAGCCGGGGCUUUUGAUGGUUCUUGUAAUACAGGUGGCUAGUUUCAUGUUUACCUACGCUGGCUAGAGGAUUUAGAACCCUGCAGGGAAAUGGUUGCUGAGAGCUGCUGACUGACUGUGGCAGGUGUGACUCAUUAAGUCCACCUUGAUGUAAGCGAUUGGCUCUUUGGGCAGAGAAAAUUGGGGUCAAGGAUGCAGAAAUCUUUGUAGGGAACCUUAGGAGGAGCCAAGUUUAGGACAGAAGCUUCAGUUGAAGUUUAUUUUAGCUAUGUGUUAUUGGAGUUGCCAAACCCCAUAAGUCUGGACAUAAUACAAUGGGCCAGAUCCUCAUGUGGUAUAAAUCAAAGUUGCUUCAAUGGAGCUAAACCAGAUUACAUCAGCUGUGAGUUUGGCCCAGCAAAUGUAGUUCUAAGAUCUAGAGGCAGGGGCUGUGUCUUUCUUUGUCUUCUACGGCACAGAUCAGGCUUUCAGUGCAUUUCCAAGACUGAAUAAUAAGCUUUCCAAUCUGUAUACUUUGAGCACUUCAUUUUGCAGGCGCCAGAUAUAAUUUAUUCCAUCUGUGAUGAGAUAUUUCAGAAGGUAGACAGAGACCAGGUAUAAAGAAAGCAUGGCUCCUUCUCGCCCAGAUACAGAAUAAAACCACUGCAAAAUAUAAAAGCUUUGCCUGCUGAGGUGGUGCAGAGGGCUGUAAAGCUGACUUACCCAGCUCCCUGAGAAUCUCUCAGGCAGAAGAGGAAAUCUUCAGGUAGUCCUGAUUUUUUUUUUGUUUGGGGGCGUGGGGGAGGAGUGGAGAACGUAACGGUGGUGUCUAGCUUGGCCGGACCUGAAUAGCAAGCCUUUGGCGUUUUCACAGGGUAUUCAGUAAGUCAAUACAAGAUUUGGUUCCAGCACUUGAAUAUAGCGAUAUUUGGUCUGGCAGAGUACACUCCUUCUGAAGGUGUGCCCACAGAGAGUACUGGGCAUGGCUAUUUUUUGAAAUAGGCUCCUUUCUCUUACCACAAAGAUUCCACUGCUCUUCCAUCUCUCUUUGCAGUAAAGUGGUGUUUGAAAAAAAAACAAACCAGUGUUGUCAAUGCAAAGAAUUAAACCCGUUAAUUUUAGGCCAGAUAAACAGAGUGAUUUAGGGCUCAUUAGUAGUUUCACAAGUUAUUUCUCAUCUGAAUGCGCAUGCAUCCUGCAUUUUUUAUGGUGAGUGACCACAGUGAGUCUGUGAGUAUUUGUCUUUGUUUUUACAAGGGUAUUCUAGGUAUACCUUCUAUCGCAUUUUCUUUAAAAAUUCAGACUGUUGCCUCCAAGAAUAUUUUUAAUGGCACUUUAGGGAAAACGAUGUAUUUGAGACCAAAAUCCAUCCUGUAGUGUAUUUCAAGUGACAGGCUAAAAUGUAGAUUAUUUCAUUGGAGAUUUAAUGUCAAUUAAUGCUGAACUAUCUCGUUUUCUU